UCUCGAAGCUGGAAGAAGCAUUUACUGGUACUCAGCCCGCAAUGGGAGACAUUAAACGUCUUCUGGCAAACCUUCUUGGGGUACCGGCCAUGGAGGAGCUGUUACAGAAGGCUGGACUCCAUAGAUAGGUGGGAACAACGGUGUAUGAUGCAGAAUUAUUUGCAGCAUACAGAGGACAGUUGUGGAGGGCUUUGAGAGCAACAUUUCCAGCUAAUGUUCAUCCAGAUAAUAUAAUCAUCUCACCGAUGGGGGAACAAGAGAAUGCAAGAGCCUAUGUGUCGAGAGCUCAUCAAGCCUGGAGGAAUAUUACCGGAAAUGACCCAGAUUUCAACCRUAUGGAACAGUCCAUUCUCCGGGCAAAGAUCCAAGAAGGGCUCCCACCACCAGUCAGGACCAAAUUGGCAGAGGUGGUUGGUUUGGGCAGCAUGAUGAGAAGUGUUUACACUGACCAUGUGGCACACUAGGUUGACUUACAUCGUAAAAAGGAACAAGCACAAAAACAACAGGACCAGGAGACGCUCAGAAAACUCGCCCAGGUGCAAUUGUUGGACAAUAAAAGAAAGAUAAGACUCAAGCUGUUGUGAUGCAAACCCAACAACAUCAACCGCCAAUGCCAUCUGACCAGACCGGAGGUCAACAAUCGCAACCAUUUAAUUCAAGGAACUCCCCAAUGACACCGGUUUCUGCCCAGUCACAACCUUGGAGAGGACGAGGCCAUGGCAAUUGGGGACAAAGAAGGAGAGGAAAUUAUAAUCGAGCUCUUCAGCUGCCCCCGGGGGUCUGUCUCAGAUGUGGGCAGUUUGGCCAUUUUGCUCGGGGAUGCAUCAAACCCUUUAGUGGCUACACUGGCCAAGGAUCUGAAUGAGGUUUCCAGGGACACCCAGC